CGAUCUUUGCUCCCAUUCUUGUUGGCAUAGAUUUUGUGAGUGACACUUAAAAUGGAAACUAGAGUCCUGAUGAUAAUUCUUUGCUCUUUUGGAGUGGUUUUCUCAACUCAGAGCCACAGACAUCACACAGGCCUCAAGACUAGUGUAGCGUUCAGAAAUCUAUCGCAUAGUCAUUGCAUCAGAUACCCUAUGUACAUGAUGCAGCUGUACCGCUCCUUCAGGACUGUUGAUUCCUCACAUUCAGCAGCUGUCAACACUGUUACACAAGGUGACAACCUGCCUGUGCUAAGUGCCGACUCAGUCCUAAAUCUGAUGGCCAGAGGUUGCCAACAAGUGGGUGAAAGAUGGACUGUCACAUUUGACAUGUCAUCCAUCUCUACUAGUGAGAUGGUCCAGCUGGCAGAACUUCGGAUCAGACUACCAGGUUUCUCUGCCUCUAAGCAGGCCACUGUGGAUUUAUACCACUCCCGGAAGCAGAGCUGUGACCAGGACAGCACAUCAUGUCAGGAGGAGGAGCACCUUUUCCUGGGGAGCUUUAGCACCUCACCUAACAGCACCAAGUCUUCCUGGAAGGUUUUUAAUGUGACUGCUUUGUUAAAAUAUUGGCUGUACCAGGGAGAUGGAGUGACUCAAGAGGCCUCAGUACAGCCUGAGACAGACCGUGGGAGUGGUGAUGGAGAGGUGGGGGAGACAACCAGCAAGUCCCUCUUCAAGGAUUCGGGAUUGAAGCAAAGGAAAAUACACCAUCCAACGACAAACCGGAUCAUGAUGAUCAUCUUCUCCAAACACAACCAGCCUCAGGGAGGCCACGCAGCGUACAGCCUCAUUCAUACUGUGGAGAACUCCAAGUAUGUGACUGUGGACAGAGUCAGCAGUGACAGACAGAGUCGACGCCACAAAAGAAACCGACUGGAGCGGAUGAGAGUGACUGGUGGAGCUGCACCUACUGCUGCACCGGCAGCAGAGCCAGUCCAGAGGCCGCUGUGUAGGAAGGUAGACAUGUGGGUGGACUUUGACCACAUAGGCUGGGAUGAGUGGAUUGUACACCCCAAGCGCUACAAUGCAUAUCGCUGUGAGGGAGAGUGUCCUACACCACUGGAUGAGUCCUUCCGUCCCACCAACCACGCAUAUAUGCAGAGCCUCUUGCGACAUCACCAUCCAGAAAUCAGUCCACUCUCCAUGCUGUACUAUGAAAACGAUGACUUGGCCCUGCGGCAUCAUGAGGACAUGAUUGUUGAAGAGUGUGUUUGCCACUAAACAGUCACAGGAGCAGCUAUGAUAGAGCAAAAUCUUUAAAUAGUGUUCAAAUAUUAAACUUCCCAGUCAUGGCCUUUUACAGCAAGU